UACUCCUGACACCAGUUGUCAUGUGUUAGUACAAACAGGGUUUGGACUGAUUAUAAAUUUAUUGAAUGCUCACUACUUGUAACUAAAAAUGUGUGUAAUGGUCUCAGUAUUCUACAUAAUCUAGAAAUAACUGCUGUUUCUCUCUUGCCUGUUGCUUGGUAGCAGUGUCUAACAGUGGGAAUUCCCUCUAAUGUUUGCGUGCUCAUCGUCUCCUGUCCUAACUGACUACUGACCACCAACGGUAACUCUCUGUCCAUUUCGUAAUUUGCUGCUGACCUUUACAAGCACACUCAUUCAUGGUUUCGGGCCCUGUUAGGACCCAUGACCAAAUUUUUCUCUCUCUAGGCCAGGUGAUGUUGAGUAAAUUACUCAUGGGUCUUGCCAGCACAGUCAUUCCUGGUUUUGGGCCUUGUGGGACCCAUGAUCUAUAUGUUCUUCUGAUUCACAGCUUUCUGUUUCUGUCCAUCUGGCUGUCCACUAAAUUGCUGUUGGCCUUCACCAGCCCAGUCAUUCUUGGUUUCAGUUUCAGGUUUUGAGUAAAUUGCUGCUGGUCCUCGCCAGCACAGCCAUUCUUGGUUCCAGGCCCCGCAGGACUCAUGACAAUAUUUUUCUGCCACCUGACUGCGACUGAGUCCUCUUGAUCCUCCCUAUAUAACUUCAUAAUGGACUGCAUAGAAAACACCACCCCCAACAGUUCCUCUAUUCUUGUGUGCAUAUUUCUUGCCACAGUAACAUGUUUACUGAGCCUUGGCCUAGCAUUGGACAUCUUCUCAGGCUCCCCUGUUCCAGCUCUCAGGUGUCAUGUCACAGUACGUUUGUAGAUAAUAUGAUAAUGGUGAUGGGCAGAAUAUUUGGCACUAUGAGGGAGGAAGAAACUGGAGUUGGAGAAAAUUGAACGGUGAUAACUUUGCAAUUUUUGCUCAUUACACAACUUUUUUUUACAAAGAUCAGAUGAAGCAAGAUGAGAUGGGUAGGUCGUAAAGCAUGGAUGUGAGAGAUGAGAGAUGUGUACAGAAUUUUGGUCAGAAAACGUGAACGAAGAGACCACAUAGGAGACUAUGCCUAGAUGGGAAACAAUAUUAAAACAGAUCUUAACCCCCUGAAUAUUACUUAAUCUCUGGAAGUAGGGACUAGCUAUAUCAAUUCAACCUAACUGAGUAGGUUCCGCCUGAGGCCAGAGACAGAAUCCAGUCUCAAAAACGUGUGUUUUAAAUAAAAGCAGGGUGAUAGAUAAUGUCCAGAAACACAGGUAACUAACUGUAUUAAUAUACCAUCACCAUAAACUUUAUUUCUUAGUUAUGAUCUUGACAGAUAUGGCAUGUUCAUAUUAGUGGAAGUGUGUUGUAUUUUAUGUAAUCAGAGAAAGAACCAUGACUGUUAUGAGUAUGAUGGUUUUACAGAAUUACAUGGAUUUAGAGAAAGCUGCACUUGUAUCAUGUAGUGAGACAUGGCCAGCAUCUUCAUGUGAUGCAGAUCAGGCCACAGAUAUGAAAGUUGAGCAUGUCUCAGAUGUGGAAGAGGAGGGGGAUCCUGUGCAAAUUACAUUUCCAGGAAUAAAGGCUGAACUUGAGAGUUCUCAGAAUGAACACUUUCCUAUGCAUCCGUUUCUCUGCGAUGUGUGUAAUAAGUCAUUCGUUAAGAAGAGUCAACUGAAGAAACAUAAAAGCAUACAUACUGGAGAGCGGCCAUUUUCAUGCAGUGUAUGUAAUAAGUCAUUCAGACAGAAGAGUGUUCUGAAGACACAUUAUCUCACACAUAGUGAGGAGCGGCCAUUUCCCUGUAAUGUAUGUAAGAGGUCAUUCAUAACGAAGAGUAAUCUUAAGAAACAUGAACUCAUACAUAGUGAGGAGCGGCCAUUUUCCUGUGAAGUGUGCAACAAAUCAUUUGGGCAGGAGAGUAAUAUGAAGACCCAUCAACUCAUACAUAGUUGGGAAGCACCGUUUCCCUGUGAUAUGUGUAAUAAAUCAUUCAGCAAUCAGAGUCAUCUCUUGAGACAUAAACACAUGCAUAGUGGAGAGCGCCUAUUUUCCUGUGUUGUGUGUAAUGAAUCAUUCAGUACUAAUGGUGAGCUGAAGAAACAUCUAAAAAUACAUAAGGUGGAGCGGCCAUUUUCCUGCAAUAUAUGUAUGAAGUCAUUCAGUCGGAAAAGUGAUCUGAAGAAGCAUCAACUCAUACAUACUGGGGAGCAGCCAUUUUCAUGUGGUAUAUGUAAUAAAUCAUUCAGUCGACAAACUGAUCUGAGGAGACAUCAAAAUAUUCAUAGUGAGAAGCAGCCAUUUUCCUGUGUAGUAUGUAAUAAAGCAUUCAGUCGGCAAAGUGAUCUGAAGAGACAUGAGAGCAUACAUAGUUGUGAGAGGCCAUUUUCCUGUGAUAAAUGCAAUAAAUCAUUCGGUUGGCAAAGCGAUUUGAAGAGACAUCAACGCAUACAUAGUGGAAAGUGGCCAUAUAUCUGUGAUGUAUGUAAGAAAUCGUUCAGUUGGCAAACUGAUUUGAAGAACCAUCAGCGCCUACACAGCGGGGAGCAACCAUUUUCCUGCAGUGUAUGUAGUGAAUCAUUCAGUUGGCAGAAACAUCUGAAGAGACAUCAACUGAUACAUAAUGAGGAGCGGCCAUUUUCAUGCAUUUCAUGUACUAAAUCAUUCAGUAAUAACAGUGAUCUAAAAAAACAUCAUAAGAUACAUAGCCUGGAGCGACCAUUUUCCUGCAAUGUAUGUAUUAAGUCAUUCACUCGGAGAAGUGAUCUGAAGAAGCAUCAACGCAUUCAUAGUGGGGAGAGGCCAUUUUCCUGUGAUGUGUGUAAUAAGUCAUUUAGGGAGCAGAGUUUUCUGAAGAAACAUCAACGCAUACAUAGUGGGGAGCUUACAUUUUCCUGAGCAGUCUGAAGAGUCAUCAUUUCAUAAGCAGUAGAAUGUAUUCCUGCCCUUUGGAUGUUUGUCUUAAAUCUUUCCAUUGUCUGAAGAGUUGUAGCAUCCAUAGUAGAGAGCCCCUGGUCUUGUAUCAUUUCUGUUAUAUCGAGGUCUGAAAGAGUAUCAACUCUUGAACAUCCACUGUGUUCAAGUGUAUGUUCUGGAACUGGACUACUAUGAUAUUUGCCUAUACAUCAGUGAGUAUUCACAGUCCAGCAUAAGUGAAUUAUGUGGCUGUCUCAUAUUGCCAGACCUUUCCUCUUUUGCCCUCAGUUCUAAGAAAACCUCUAAGAGCACAGUCAUAACAACUUUUUUUGGUUUGUAAGAAAUAUCACUUUCUAAGUGUAAAACAACUGGGAUAUAACCCUAACACUUAGAAUAACAAUCUUGGCAUUAAGCAAUUUUAUGUUAUCCUAGAUGUCUGUGUUUGUUGCUUUGCAUUGUGCCAUGGCAGGAGUUGGUAGAGCGAUGGGCUAAGCU